AUGGUUUUAAACACUCCAAGCACCAAGGAGAUUCUUCUCCAAGAGACAGAAGAACGCCUCGGACCGGAAGCCCUAGAUACAAUCGACGAAGCAAGCAUCAUCUCAGAACCGCCGCCACCCGGCACAGGAGCUCUCACCGCCAUACCAGUAUGCAUUACUCAAAAGCCCACGCCUAAGAACCUGAAGCGUGAACCGGCCGCCAUAGUGGUUGGCCCGGAGUUCGAAGUCCCGCGCUGGAAGCCCGAAGAUGCCGAGUACAUGGCAUCGCACAUGCACAAGGUCGCCGAGGAGUGGAACAAGGGAGGUGUCCGCGUCACGUUUAAAGACGUCCCUCUCACCAAGGACGCUAACUUUGUCCAGGUCUAUACUUAUGCCUUUUCGCCUGCCUAUAAGAGACAUAUGUGGAGUGUGUUCGCGCAUGAGCUGGGACAUGUGCUGGGGUUGGGACACGAGUUUGCCCUGGCUCCUAAUGAGCUCUCGGUAAUGAACUAUCGAAGGGAGCCCCCUAUGAUCCAGCAAUCGGACAUUGACGGUACGAAGAUAUUCUAUAAUCCUCCCGUAGGCACUAUCCUUGGUAAGACUCCGAUUGUCGAUUACAUACCGAUGUAA